UAACUGAAGUUUCCUUCUAUGUGUAUACUGUUAUUGCCGCCUUGUGAAUUGUUGUUGACUUUCCAGCUGUACAGUAGUCUAAAAAAUGCCCUUGUAUUACGUUAUUUGUUUAACUGAAUUUCAUGGAAUUUGAAUUUGCUUCUUAAAUACGACUAGAUUUUUGGCCCUGAUGGAAAGGGGGAAUGGGUGCUGGUGUUUCUAAAUCUCAGUUUCUUGAUGUUGAGUUUAUGAAGGCCAGGUUGUAGAAACAGAAGCACAAUAUGCUGAAAGAGAAGCAGAAAGCCGAAGCUUCGAAAACACAGUUGGAUGCUGAAAGACAGAAAAACAACACUGGAGUACAUGAUCAGAUCUCUAAUACCUCUUACCAGCAGGAUAUUGGCAUGCCAGUGAUACCCUCGUCGUUUGGUGUUUUCUUUUUGACCUCAAGGAAAAAGCCGGUUGCAGUUGCAUAUGUCCAUACUAAGGUGCUGAUUGAUGACGAUUACGACUGCAUGCUUCAAGGAAUCAUUGAGCCAAAUGUAAUUUUGUGCGACAGAGAUGAUAUUGUACUUCAGGAUGUUCCUAUUGGUACUUUUAUUAGGUGCCCAAGGGCCUAUGUGACUCCCAUAGUAGAGCUAUCAAGUUAGAGCAGCAGUGACAAUAGAUUGAUUACUUUUUUGAG